GAGCAAGACUUGAAUUACUACUACUGUCGGCUGAUACAGAGACCGGCAGAAACACAGGUUGAUUCCGAAGGAAACGGUUGCGGAUACAGUGUUGUUGUUUAAUCGAACCGGUUAAUUGUUUUCCUUUUUAUUUCAUAUAAUUCAAUUACUGGAUUCAUAGGAAACGUGUAAACGACUUUAAACGCAAAUCUUCAAGAACGAGAUGGCUAGAGGCGAGGGCGCCGAGCAGUACUCCAAUACCAGUCUCCUUCAAAAACCCAGCCCAGAUGGAAUCAAACCGGCAGCAAAGCGUGAAUCAAGGGGCCAGUUGUCUGUAUGCAACAAGUUGUGUUAUGCCAUUGGAGGAGCACCAUAUCAGAUAACAGGAUGUGCAAUCGGCUUCUUCCUUCAGAUCUACCUGCUGGACGUUGCAUUGUUGGACCCAUUUUAUGCCUCCAUCAUCUUGUUUGUGGGUCGAGCAUGGGAUGCCAUCACAGACCCUACGGUGGGCUUUCUAGUCAGCCGGAGUCCCUGGACCAGAUUUGGACGAAUGAUGCCCUGGAUUGUACUGUCUACCCCAUUUGCCGUCCUGUGCUAUUUCCUCAUUUGGUACGUGCCGUCUGUUGACCAAGGCAAGGUUGUUUGGUACCUGAUCUUCUACUGCUCCUUCCAGACAUUACAGACAUGUUUCCACGUGCCAUAUUCCGCACUUACUAUGUUCAUCAGCACAGAGCAGAAGGAGAGGGAUUCAGCCACCGCCUACCGGAUGACCGUUGAGGUUUUGGGCACGCUCAUUGGGACUGCUGUUCAAGGUCAGAUUGUGGGAAUGGCUAGCGCUCCUUGCAUCAGCGCUGGCGAGGACCUGAACUCUACAGAUCUGCAGGGGGCUCCCGAGGUCAACAUCACUGAGCCUCAUGUUUCACUGGAGCAUCUGAGAAAUGCUUACAUGAUCGCAUCUGGAGUCAUCUGCUCGAUUUAUGUCGUCUGUGCCGUGGUCUUGUUCCUUGGUGUGAAAGAACAAAAAGAAACCUGCAGGAUUAGGACUGAGCCCAUGCCGUUCUUCCAGGGCAUUCGCAUGGUGAUGGGUCACGGUCCUUAUGCCAAGCUGGUCAUGGGCUUCCUCUUCACCUCUCUGGCUUUUAUGUUUCUGGAGGGAAACUUUGCUCUGUUCUGUAGCUACACCCUUGGCUUCAGAAACGACUUCCAGAACGUCCUUCUCGUCAUUAUGCUCUCCGCCACACUUGCCAUCCCAUUUUGGCAAUGGUUCCUCACUAAAUUUGGCAAGAAGACCGCUGUGUUUAUUGGGACUACAUCUGUGGUGCCUUUCCUGAUCUCCGUCGUCUUAGUGCCCAGCAAUCUUAUUGUGACGUACAUCGUGUCCUUCGCCGCUGGAGUCAGUGUUGCAGCAGCCUUCCUCCUGCCAUGGUCCAUGCUUCCCGACGUGGUGGAUGAUUUUAAAGUGCAAAAUCCUGAUUCUCAGGGCCACGAAGCCAUCUUCUACUCCUUCUAUGUGUUCUUCACCAAGUUUGCAUCUGGAGUUUCCUUGGGGGUCUCCACUCUUAGUCUUGAUUUUGCCGGCUAUGUGACGAGAGGUUGCACGCAACCCGCCGAAGUCGAUUUAACAUUGAAGAUCCUGGUGUCUGCUGCGCCGAUAUUCUUCAUCAUCAUCGGGCUGCUAAUAUUCAUCUCAUAUCCAAUCAAUGAGGAAAAGCGACAAGGCAACAACAAAAUACUUAAAGAACAACGAGAAAAUGAGAUGGACACAGACUCCACUGAGCUCAAUGUGGUUUAAUAGCACACUGGACUGAGCAUCGUGCCAAUUGCAUCGGACCCACAAAGCCAAAACAAACUGAGGGGAUGCUUUGAACCAACCAUGCUGCCUUGUGGCUGAAAGCUUCCAUCUAUUUCACCCCUACACGACCCCAAAACAUCUUGAAACGUAACCAUUGCCAGCUCAAGUUCAAAGUGCCUUGCAUGUCCAGUUGCAAGUGCUUAUGGACGCUAGAAACGUUUCCCUGAGUUGCACAAGGCUUCUGUGUGUCGCCAGUAUUUGAGCUGCUCGCUGGUAUAGGAUCUCAAAGCAGUGUCCAAAAAAAAAAAAAACCUGCUUUCGAGAAGCACACAUCUAAACUGCACUAAAAAAUGAUCUGAGGUGGGACAUGUCUACCAUGACAACAAACUUGGAACAUUAAAAAAAAAAAGGUUUUUAGUUGCUAAAUAUAUAUAUAUAUAUAUGAUCGAAAGGUACAUUUUGGGAGGAAUAUCUGUGAAACUGUACACAACUAAGUAACAUUUUAAUGUUAUUUAGAAAUGCUUUUGUGCAUCCAACUGGAUAAGCAAACUUGACACAUAAAGACCGGAGUAGGGUUUGAUUACAUUGAAAUACAGUAUUGUGCACAAAAGGUUAUUGUUUAUUUCUUGUAUUACUUUCCUUCACAUACCCCUUCUACUGUGUUGCUUUUCUUCUGUUUCUGUUCUCUUGGGGCAAACGGAGCUCUUUUAGAGUGAUGCGCUGAGGGAUAAACUUACAAAUUUGGUCCCUCAACACCUUCAGAUGAUACGCUUCAGAUCAGAGGAUCUUAUUCAGUUAAGUUCUGGAUGGGUUCAAUAAAGUGUGGAUGAAAGUGCUGCUGACUAUUGAGGAUUUGAUCCAUGACUAUGUGGGGAAAAAAUGUACGAUCCACUGCUUAUUUUGUGAGGUGAACAAGGUUAAGUAUUUAUUACUUUUGUUUUAGAGUAUAUGUUGAGUUGUUUAUGUCUGUUUCGCCCAUCUUCCUUAAUUUAUCUUGUUUAAGAGCCUCAGUUGCAUGAAAUAAGGGCAAUUAGAGUGGUCACUGCUGAAUUAUGUCUAAAAUGCCAUUAAUUCUCAUGCAAAAGCCAAUCGGUGUGUUUACAGGUGACACGGCUGUUCGUUUAGGUGCUAAGUUAAUCUGAAUUCUGGUCUGUUUGUUUCCCUGUCAGUGUCUGUACAGUCAGUAGUUGUCUCAAGUGCUUUUAUUAUUGUAUAGUUUUCUGCCUGUAACUUCUGUGUCAAAGAUGCCAAGUGUUUCUUUAACAUCUGUGAGUGCUGUGAUAUAUGUACAUAGACCAUGUGAAAAUUUUAAGUUGUAUGUUUUGUUUUAUAUUUGGGGAAAAUGGAAUGCCUUGUAAAUAUUUUGUGUAAAUGUAUUAUUUUAUACAUAUGUACAUACGAUGUGCCAUUGAAAUCUGUGCAUGUUUGGAGUCAAUACAAUUUUCUAAUGUCAAUUUUGUGUUAAUGCAUUUGAAAAUGUUUGUUAAUAAACGCCAAUUAAUAUUCAA